CCGCUGACCUUUGGCGUUUACUUCCUGCUGCCAUGACAAUGGCUGCUCGCGGCGUGGGCUUCUUGACCCGUUUGCCCCUGUGUUCCCAGAGAAGGAACCGAUUCCCGCGCUCUAUUUCCAGGCACCUCAGUUGUCCAGGGACUAUAGCCGCGAGCGUUGGGAGCGAAGAACAGCCUUCGGGGGUUGCGGAAACAGGCACUGAAGACAAGACCCUCCAAAAGAAAUUUUCUGAGGUUCAGAAAGAGAGAAGAGAACAGGCCCAGCGGACUGUUUUGAUACAUUGUCCGAAUAAUAUCAAUGAGAAAAAAUUUCUCAAGUAUUUAUCUCAGCAUGGACCAAUCAAUAAUCAUUUCUUCUAUGAGAGCUUUGGUCUCUAUGCAGUUGUAGAAUUUUGCCAGAAAGACAGUAUAAACUCGUUACAGAAUGGAACACAUACUCCAGCCCAGAGCACAGAAGCUGCAAUUCCAUUUAAGUCACGUUUCUUGAACUUAAGGCUCAAGAAUCCAUCUAGCCAAAUAUCUGGACAACCAUCUGUUCAGACAAACAACCAGUUACCUCCUUCAAGCAAGAAGCUCUUUGAAUUACUGAAUUACGCAGAAAGCAUAGACGACCAGCUGAACACUCUCCUGAAGGCCUUCCAGCUCACAGAGGAGAAUGUCAGGCUCCGCCAUCUCACCUGCUCUCUGAUUGAGGACAUUGCCGCUGCAUAUUUUCCCAGCUGUGUCAUCCGGCCCUUUGGCUCCUCGGUGAACACGUUUGGCAAAUUAGGAUGUGAUUUGGAUAUGUUUUUAGAUCUAGAUGAAACUGGAAAACUUGAUGUUCACAAGAAUACAGGGAAUUUUUUGAUGGAAUUUCAAGUGAAAAAUGUUCCUUCAGAAAGAAUUGCAACCCAGAAGAUCCUCUCUGUAAUAGGAGAGUGCCUUGACAAUUUUGGCCCUGGCUGUGUGGGUGUUCAGAAGAUACUCAAUGCUCGAUGUCCACUGGUGAGAUUCUCUCAUCAGGGCUCUGGAUUCCAGUGUGAUCUGACUGCUAACAAUAGUAUUGCUUUGAAAAGUUCCGAACUCCUUUAUAUAUAUGGCUCCCUGGAUUCGCGAGUCAGAGCUUUGGUGUUCAGUGUGCGAUGCUGGGCUCGGGCACGUUCGUUAACAAGCAGUAUUCCUGGUGCUUGGAUUACAAACUUCUCCCUAACAGUGAUGGUCAUCUUUUUCCUCCAGAGAAGAUCACCCCCCAUUCUUCCAACUCUGGAUUCCCUAAAGUCCAUAGCAGAUGCUGAAGAUAGAUGUAUUCUAGAGGGGAACAAUUGUACAUUCAUCCGGGACGUGAAUAAAAUCCAACCUUCUGGAAACACGGAAACAUUAGAAUUACUACUAAAGGAAUUUUUUGAGUAUUUUGGCAAUUUCGCUUUCAAUAAAAAUUCCAUAAAUAUUCGGCAGGGAAAGGAGCAAAACAAGCCCGAUUCCUCUCCUCUGUACAUCCAGAAUCCUUUUGAAACAUCUCUCAACAUAAGCAAAAAUGUGAGUCAGAACCAGCUACAGAAAUUUGUGGAAUUGGCAAGAGACAGUGCCUGGAUUUUGGAACAGGAAGAUAAGGAUCAGCCUUCUCCUUCCAGUAGGCAGGCCUGGGGACUCUUGGCCCUCCUGCUGCCACCUGGGGCAGGCCACACAUCUCUCUCCAGGAAGAAGAAGAAAAAGCUGAUGAGUGAAAAAGUCAAAGGCUUGUUAGCAUCCAUAAAAACUAACAACCCUGACAGUUCCACAGAUACCAGUGGAAAGAGAGCAAUCAGUACACAGGCAUGAUGGCAACCCUUUGGACUUAUGGGAAGAACUGCCACCAAAUGCUGAUAGGCCUUAACAUUUAUAUAUCUGAUGUCAUCACCCUUUUACUUGAUCUGAAGUUAUGGAUAUUUCCUUCCUAUCAGGUGGAGUUAAUUAAAAAAUCAGUGGCAAAAAAUUUGCAAAAGACAUAUUUGAACUCUUCAAAGUGAAUGGUAAAAUGAAUUUUAUCAGCAACCUGGUUGAUACUUCUGUCAGUCUCCAGUUGAAAAUCAUUUCAAAACCCUUUCAUUUACCUUCAUAUAUAGGUGAUGAAUGCAAUAAAGCUCCAGAAUUUGGUAGUA